CAGAGAUUCUGGUAUCUCCAUGUCACUUAGAAGCUUGAACACGUGAAAGUUGUCAACAUUCAUUGGAUCUGAUAUUAUGGGGAACGAAAAGAAGAAAAGGGCCCCAAGAAACAAACAAACCAAACAGACAUUGGUGUUUGAUGAUAACGCUAGAUUGGAAUUCCUGACAGGCUUUAGAAAAAGGAAAAAUGAAAGACGCAAGAAGGCUAAAGACGAAAAGGAGAUUCAACUCAAAGAAGAUAGAAAAGAGUUUAAAAGAAAGAGGAAAGAAAUGAUUGAGAAGAGCUUCUUCUUCAAAGGCAGAUCAAAACAGAAGGGUCCUGAACUUGACGACAUUGGAAAACCAACAGUGACUGAACUGCCCGAGCACACGGUCACCAUUACAGAUAUAUCUGUGGUUGACAUGGUGGGGCACUCCGGUCUACGACUUGGCCAAAACCAGUUUGAAGAGGACCAGACCUCAGGAACACUCCCACCAGUUGAAUUUGAUCCUAAGCAGCACGAGGCGCUGCAACGUAACAUAAAGAAGCUGAAACGCAAAGAAGUUGCCAUGUUAAACAAAGAAAUGCCCAAGAAAAGGUCUAAGCGUCCAUCACAGAUAGGUCAUAUCAAGGACAAGAAGUCACAGAAGAAAUUCCAGAUGAAGAAAACGAAGGAGAAAAAUAAAAAAAAGGGGAGAAAGUAGAA